GCCAAAAACAACAAAGCAGACAACAGUCCGUGGCUUAAACGCCCAGUAUAUAUAACGUAUAUGGAUCGUAUUUUAAGUCAAUAUUUUGUCAGCCUUGUUUUCAGAAGUAUUUCCGCGCGUGCCUUAUCACUGCCAAAGUCACAUUAUCUGGCACUCGUGACCAGUCAUGUUUGUCUGCGUAAGAUUGCAUGAUUGACAUUUGCCUCGGCCAACAAGAACAGCCGCCAUUUUACUUCCCGCCAAUAGCGGCCUCUAGUCGAAGAUUACCGAGUGAACCCGGACAAUGCCGAAAAGCUUUUCGACACAUGCGUCAGUUCAAACAGUAUACGGUUUCUUGUCGGCCGACAGUUUGCACCAGAAAAGACAAAAGCGGUGUUUUCUCUUCAAGGACAAAAAAUGACACGACUGGGGACUUUCUUUAUAGUUCUGGUACUGCUUGUAGCGCCCAGUAUCGCCAUUAAAAGGGUUCCCCUUAAGAAGAUGAGGACACUCCGUCGCCUCAUUAGCGAUAAUGGGAUGUCUCUGGAUCAAAUUCGGACCUUGGCGAAGACGAGCGGAGCUCCUGACAACGCCCCCUCGCCACAACUACCCGUGGAGAGACUGACUAACUUCAUGGAUGCCCAGUACUUUGGUACCAUCAGUAUUGGUUCCCCGCCUCAGGACUUCACAGUGCUGUUUGACACUGGCUCCUCCAACCUCUGGGUGCCCUCCAUUCACUGCUCCUUCUUUGAUGUCGCCUGCUGGAUCCAUCACCGCUACAACUCCAAGAAGUCAAGCACAUAUGUUCAGAAUGGUACCGACUUCUCCAUCCGCUACGGCAGAGGCAGCCUGUCGGGCUUCAUCAGCGGAGACACGGUCACUAUAGCAGGUUUGCCCGUGCCCGGCCAGCAGUUUGGGGAAGCGGUGAAGCAGCCCGGUAUUACAUUCGCCGUGGCCCGCUUCGACGGGGUACUGGGCAUGGCCUACCCGUCCAUAUCGGUCGCCAACGUCACGCCUGUGUUUGACACGGCCAUGGCAGCCAAGCUGCUGCCGCAGAACGUCUUCUCUUUCUACAUAAGCAGAGACCCCGCAGCGGCUGUGGGAGGAGAGCUGAUGUUGGGUGGGAGCGACCCGCAGUACUACACCGGAGAUCUGCACUACGUCAACGUCACACGCAAGGCCUACUGGCAGAUUGAGAUGAACGAAGUGGACGUGGGCCCCCAGCUGACAGUCUGCAAGACGGGCUGCCAGGCCAUCGUGGACACAGGGACUUCCCUGAUCGUCGGCCCCGUGGAGGAAAUCCGAGCACUGCAGAAAGCCAUCGGAGCUCUGCCUUUACUCAUGGGAGAGUACUGGAUUGACUGCAAGAAGAUCGACACCCUCCCCGUCAUCUCCUUCAACAUAGGAGGGAAGAUGUUCAACCUGACUGGAGAGGAUUAUGUCAUGAAGGAGUCCCAGAUGGGAACUUCAAUCUGCCUGUCAGGCUUCAUGGCCAUGGACAUUCCGCCCCCUGCAGGACCUCUGUGGAUCCUGGGAGACGUCUUCAUCAGGAAGUAUUACACCGUCUUUGACAGGAGUGCUGACCGUGUGGGAUUUGCACGAGCCAAGUAGUACCGCUAAAUAAAAGUGCUGUUCUGGUUUGCAGCCGUCAAGAAAAAUCUCUUCAAAAAUGUAUACUGAAAUUUUUUUUUUUUUUAAAAGGUUUUUAAUCGCUUCUUGACAACAUUCUUCUCAUAAUUGUGUUUUUUUUGUAAUUUUGACUUUCUAUCUCAAAUAUGAAGUUUUAUCUCAUCAUUUUGUAGUGUACCAUCAUAACUGAUUUCUCAUUUUAACUUUUUCUUAUUUGUUCUUCUCGUAAGUUACUUUUUAUCUCAUAAUUUUGAUUUAUGACUUCUCAUGAUUUUGACAUUUUAUCUUGCGACUGACUUUUUAAAAAAAAAAUCUGACUAUUUCAUGAUUUCAACUUUUCAUCCUUACCUCGUAUUGAUUCAUCUAACAAUUUUGAAUUAAUCUAGUAAUUCAGAUUUUUUAAUCUCGUCAUUUCAAAUUUGUAUCUAAUUUAGUGAUGUCAUAAUUUCAAUUCCUUGUAUUUGUGCCUUUUUCCCCCCCGUAAUUUCUACAUUUUUUCCACGCAAUUUCAACUUAUCUUGUAUUUGACUGUCUUGUAUUUGACUUUCUUGUAAUUUCAACUUUUUCUUAGUAUUUCGAUGAUCUAAUUUCUAUUUCGUAAUUAUGACUUACACAAUUUUGACUCG